UUGCUCAUCGACUGGUUCGCUCCACCGGAAGCUGGAUGUUGCGUGGCAGUAUGGUUGAGGCAAAUCGGGUUCAGCACUUUUUACGGAUCCAUUGUGCUCAAGAUAUAUCGAAACUUGCAAGAAUAUCGCGUAAGGAAAGCGCAACACGUCUCCGUUAGGGAAAAAGACAUGGUGAAAUACCUCGUCGGAAUGCUCGCUCUAACUAUCACGGGUUUAAUGGCUUGGACAGUAGGGUCUUGGGGAGAUCCGGCGCUAUGGAGGACUGCAUGGCCUCAGUGCCGGAUGCAAGGCUGGCAUGUCAUCUGGCACUGUUACGAGCUGCUCUUUCUGCUCUAUGGAAUGCGCCUCUGUUACAAGGCUCGUAACAGCGACUGGCUAGAGCGAUGGCAAUUCACUGUGGCCGUAUGUUUGGAAGCUGUCAUAACCCUUAUGGCAAAUCUUAUCAGGUAUUCGAUUCGCAAUUCCGGGCAUAGUGACACACUUUUCACUAUAUCCUUCGUUCAACUUCAACUCACCGUCUCUGUCAAUAUUGUCAUUAUCAUCGCUCCAAAAUUUUACCUGGUCAGUUUUUUGGCUCCAUUCCAACUUCUAUAA